ACCAAACGUCCCGUAAAAAUGGGAUUGUCCCGUUUUUUAACGAUCGUACACGGGGUCCCGAAAAAGUCUCCUGGGACGCCUAAAUGUCCCGUAUUUACGAUGGGUUGAUGAUAAACUUUUGUCGCGCCUCUCCUCGGGCCGUCUUCCCCUCUUCUCGACAGUUUAAGUCGCCCAUACCAGGCCAGAACAGCACACUGAAUUUUGAAGAUAUUCCAGUAUGUGUUUGCGAUCCCUGCCCAUAACGGUAAUACUGAAAGAAUCUUUUCGCUUAUGAACAUUCAAUGGACGGAUGAAAGGAACAAGAUGGGAGUGGAUACCCUUUCUGCAAUCUUGCAGAUUCUUUGCCUCCAUGGAUACCGCCAGAGUGGCGACAUGUUCCGAUCCAAGCUGGGGUCCCUCAGGAAGGUUCUGAAGAGACACGUGGAGUUUGUUUUCGUGACAGCCCCGCACAGAAUCCCGCUGGCCGAUGUUCUGUCGAGCACGGACGGAGAGAAUGCUGAAAGAGUUGAUCAGUUUGGGUGGUGGUUUAGCGAGGCGGACGGAACGUUCCGAUCGAAGCAGCACUCGGACGUGAGUCUCGGGUUGGAAGACAGCCUGAGGCUCGUGGAAGAAGCAUGCAGGCAGCACGCGCCGAUACAUGGCGUGCUGGCGUUCUCGCAAGGAGCGUCCCUGGCGGGGAUGCUGUGCCUGCUGCAGGAGCAGAAAUGUUUGAACUUCAAGUUCGACUUUGCCAUAUUAGUCGCAGGCUUCGUGUCCCAGUGCUCGCUCCACGAGAAGUAUUACUCGGGACAGGUGUCCAUUCCAACCCUCCACGUCAUUGGAGAAACGGACAGUGUUAUUCCGAAAGAGAUGAGCGAAGCACUAAUGGCCCACUUCAAAGACCCAGUGGUUCUUGCGCACCCGGGCGGACACUUUGUCCCGGCUACAGGGGAGUUGCGUAGUGCCUACGUUGCGUUCAUCGAAGCGAGGCUGCAGGAGUUGGCUGUCUGCCUCAGCGACACUUCUGAAGCUGAACAGUUGUGAAUGACUAACAUAGUGUUUCCUCGAGGCUGUGUAUGUAAUACUUUGUGAUAUGAAACAAUUUAUUCACCAAGAGUAA